AUGGAAAGCUCGACAACUGUCACUUCUCCUGCCGAGGGAUCGUCCUCCCGGCGGGUUAAUCCCUUCGGAAUGCCGGGUGAUGAGCCGCCCGAGAACCCAUUCUCAACUCCUGUUGCCGCAACACCUAUUGCAGAGCCCUUGACAUCCCGACGGUCACCACGCACUCGGAAUGCUUCUACAUAUGAAGUCGCUGGCCCUCGCAGACGCUUCAAGAGCAGUCGGCUCAAGGGCGAAUUUGAGAAGCCGUGGCUCGAAAAGUCCAAGAAGGGAGUCAACUGGGACAGCAUCAUAUUCUACACAUGUAUCUUUAUCGGACUUGGCAUUGGAGGAUUCCUUUGCUGGAAGGAAACUCAGGGCAUCCCCAAUUAUGAAUAUUGCUUGAUCAUGGAUGAUCACUUUGAGAACCUUGAUAACUGGAAUCAUGAGGUCCAGAUGGGCGGUUUUGGUACUGGAACCUUUGACUGGACCACCACCGACAAGGCCAAUUCAUAUAUCGACGCUGAGGGCCUGCACAUCGUGCCCACCUUGACGCUUGAGAGCACCGAAAUCACCUACGAUCAGCUGGUCCACGGCCACACUGUCAACCUAACGACCAAUGAACGCUCCGACGGCAAGUGUACAUCUGAUGAGAAAGCCACGGACGAUGAAUGGGAGACGCGUUGGCCAUGUGCGGCCGUCAGCAACAGCACCAAGGGCCAGAUCAUCAACCCGGUGCGGUCAGCACGACUCAACACCAAGGGUAAGAAGACGAUCCGCUAUGGCCGUGUCGAGGUGACAGCACGUAUGCCUCGUGGAGACUGGCUAUGGCCGGCCAUUUGGAUGAUGCCCCAGGACAGCGUCUACGGCGAGUGGCCAAAGUCGGGUGAGAUUGAUAUCGCCGAGAGCCGUGGCAAUGACGCUCGCAAAUAUUCCAUGGGUGAUAACCUCGUGUCGUCGGCACUUCACUGGGGCACUGCCACUGAAAACGAUCGCUGGCGGAGGAGCUACGGCGAGUGGGGAGGGAAACGAGUCCGCUACACUGACGACUUCCACACCUAUGGACUGGAGUGGAGUGAAAAGUACCUCUUCACAUGGCUCGAUGGUCGUCUUCGGCAAGUCAUCUUCUUCGACUUCACCAAGAACAAGAACCUGUGGACCUACGGCGAAUUUGCCGGAGAGUCAGUCAACGGCUCGGUCCCUGUAGAUCCCUGGGGCAGCACGGGCCGUCCUAACACGCCCUUUGACGAGUCUUUUUUCCUCAUCCUGAACGUGGCGGUCGGUGGCACCAAUGGCUGGUUUCCCGACGCUGUUGGUGGGAAGCCAUGGGCCGACCGCAGUGAGACCCCCAUGCGGGACUUUUGGAAGGCCAACGAGACAUGGCUUCCAAGCUGGGGUCCCAAGGAGGAGCGCGGCAUGGUUGUAAAAUCGGUCAAAAUGUGGAAGCAAGGCCAAUGCUAG